UCUGUUAGGACUGUUGUAAAACAUAGAUUUUAAAUUGUUCAACGGUUAAUAAUAUAAGGAAGCGUUUAUAUACAAUGUGAAAGGUAGCGACUUAUUCUACGAAAAAAAGAGACGAAUGUUUAAGGUGAAAUAACUAAAAGCGAUCAGAGUGUAAAGAAGAUUUAUUCCACAAAAAUGAACGACACGAAAAAUGCGAAAAAAGAGAAAAAGCAACAUAUACAAGUCUUUGUCCGUGUCAGGCCAAUAAAUAAUGCUGAGAAAGUCGGAAAAUCGGUAACAGUUGUUGAUAUACCAUCUAAUAAAGAAGUGGUCAUUCGGGAAAGACCUCAUGAUAAAUUUACAAAAAAAUUUACGUUUGACAAAGUAUUUGGACCUAAUUCAAAGCAGAUACAAGUAUAUAAUGCAGUUGUCAGUUCUUUGCUGGAGGAAGUUUUGGCUGGAUAUAAUUGCACAGUAUUUGCAUAUGGACAAACUGGCACUGGAAAGACUUUCACAAUGGAAGGAACUGACAAUGAUCCAUCAUUACAUUGGCAAACAGAUACCACUGCUGGAAUCAUACCUCGAGCUUUAAGUCAUUUAUUUGAUGAGUUGCGCGUAUUAGGCGUACAGGAAUACUCAGUAAGAGCCAGCUAUUUAGAAUUAUACAACGAGGAAAUAUUUGAUUUAUUAUCUCCUAGUGAGGAUGCUGCUAAAAUAAGGAUAUAUGAAGAUCCAACUAAAAAAGGUGCUGUAAUAGUACAUGGUUUAGAAGAAAUGUCAAUACAUACUAAAAAUGAAGUAUUUAACAUCCUUCAGAAAGGAUCAGAAAAACGGCAAACUGCAGCUACUCUGAUGAAUGCUCAUUCAAGUCGUUCCCACACAAUAUUUUCUAUUACUGUUCAUAUAAGGGAGAAUACUAUAGAGGGCGAAGAGCUAUUGAAAACUGGAAAAUUAAAUUUAGUUGAUCUGGCUGGUAGUGAAAAUGUUGGAAGGUCUGGUGCUGUUGACCGAAGAGCAAGAGAAGCAGGCAAUAUCAAUCAAUCUCUAUUAACCUUAGGUCGAGUUAUAACAGCACUAGCAGAAAAAGCUCCACAUGUACCUUAUAGAGAAUCUAAAUUAACACGGUUGCUCCAAGAAUCAUUAGGUGGACGUACAAGAACUUCAAUAAUUGCUACAAUAUCUCCUGCUAGUAUUAAUCUUGAGGAAACCUUGUCAACAUUAGAUUAUGCACACCGUGCUAAAAAUAUCACAAAUCGACCUGAAGUUAAUCAAAAAUUUUCGAAGAAGGCAUUACUUCAAGAAUAUAUCGAAGAAAUUGAAAGAUUAAAGAAAGAUUUAAUAGCAUGUCGUGAACGAAAUGGUAUUUAUCUAACUCCAGACAGUUACAAUGAAAUGCAAUCCUUGAUAGAAUUUCAAAGCAAAGAAAUAGAGGAAAAAUUGAAUCAUAUUAAAGCACUUGAAGAAUGUAUGAACUCUAAAGAGCAAAUAUUUAACGAAUUAAAAUCAAUAACUUCCAAACAAGCAAAUGAACUAUUAAAUACAAAAAAUGAAUUGAAAAGCACAGUAAAUGCUUUAAUGUCAACGUCAACACGCUUGGCAAUAUCGGAACGAGAAAAAGAGGAACAAAAAUUUCUUGUUGAAAAACAUGCAAAUACUGAAAAUGUUCUUUUAUCACAAGUACAAACAGUUUUAGAUGUUGCUGAUACAGCCACCUCAGAUGUAAAUAAACUUCAUGACAAAAUCUUUCGUAAAUUACAAAUAGGGCAGCAAAAUAAAUCUCUUGGACAACAGUUUAAGAACAACAUUAAAGAACGAAUCCAAAAAAUUGAAGCUGAUAUUGCAUCACAUACCAAAAAUUUAAUGCAAUUCUCUACAUCAAUGAAGGAUCAUAUUGAAGCGCAAAGUGUAUCAGUUAGUGAGGACAUUGGAAAGGCGAUUCAAGUUAUGUCCCAGGAUCUUGUUAAUUUUAAACAAAAUAUUAUCAAUGAGUUGAUGAAAAAUAUGGAUGAUUCUUAUUUAAGAUAUCAACAUUGGUUGGGAAAUGAAAGCGUAAAUGUUACAGCUAUGACUAAUAUAAAAAUUAGUACGUUAAAUAAUAUUUCUUCCCAUAUUGUGCAAAAAUUUCAUCAGUUACUGGAGAAUAAACUAGCUGAAGGUUUGCAAGCGCUAAACACUGAUAUUUCUCAAAAUAUUGAUAACUUAAUAGAAUUUACAAAAGAAUCAAUGACAUCAAUUUCUAAAUGUUCAAGUGAAAAGCGGGUUCGUUUAAAUAACGAUAUGUUAGAAAUUAGAGAACAUAUUGAAAAUAUUCGACAAGAUCAAAAUGAUAUUAUCGAAAAACGGACAAAUUUUGCAAAGAUGAUGGACGAUUUGCAACGUUGUUUCAAUGAGGUACAAAAGGAGCAGGAAGAGAAUCAUUUUUCAAUAUGCAAUAUAUUAGACAACAUUGAUGAAACUUGUAGAACUAUAAAUAAUCAAGCUUCAGAUACUUGCAAAAUAAAGACAGAAAAACAAGAUGAUUUACAAGAAAGAUUUCGAAGUGAUCUAGAAAUAGUAAAAAAGAUAGUUGUUGAAGGAACAGAUAAGUCUCGAUUGUUGAACGAAAGCGCUAUAGCACAAGGUAAAACAUCAAUAGAUCAGUUCCAAUCGAACAUAAAUAAGAAUUGUGAUACAUUAAUGAGUUUUAAAAAUUGCGUGGAAAAUAAUAUUACGGAAAUGCAGCAAAAGAUGGCAAAAGAUAAAAGCUUCAUUUUGUCAGUAAUUAAUGAUAUGUAUAUGAAAGUUUAUACCACUAGCAAUGAACAUAUAAAAUGUUUUGAUGAUUGUAAGAUGGCAUUUAUGACUGUAUUUACAGAAAUGAGUAAAAAGCUUGAGAGUGAAAAUAUUAAUGCAGAAAAUGUGAAUAGCAAAAUUAUUUUAGAAAUGCAAGCAAUACUUGAUCAAGUUGACAAAUUCUUUACAGAAGAUUUAUAUCGCGAUAAUCCAACAGGUUUAACUCCUGCAAAGAAGGAUUUUCAGUAUUCUAAAAAGCUUAUCAAAACAUCUCCACAUGAACGACUACUUAAAAGGUAUAGAGAAACACUUAAAGAUAUUGAAGAUACAGAGAAUGAGCCUGUAAUACCACUGAAUACAUCUACAAAACAAGCUGUAGAUACGAGCUGAGAAAUAACCUUCGAAGAAAUUAUAACAUCGUAUGUAGUAUGUGGAAAUUUAUUAAUUAUGAAUUUUUAAAUUUUAUAACCAUAAAUACUUUAUAACCAAUGCUACAAAAUAAAAUUGAACAUAUGUAUAUUAAAAUAGUAAACGUAA